CCUCAAACACAUUAAUUGGCCUUCUGGCGAUACCUCAAAUUGAUCAAGAUGGUUGUCGGCGGCUGGGAAAACGCGGUGCGCAGAGCCGCAGAUCGCGGGUUCCAGACGCUCGAGGUCAAUUGGCAUCUCGGCUUCACCUCAUUCGGCGGACCCCCCGUCCACUUCAAGAUCUUUCAUGAUAAGUUUGUGAACAAAUUGGCCUGGAUUGAUGAGCAAAUUUACCAAGAGCUUUUCAGCGUCGCGCAGGCCCUUUCGGGUCCUGGAAGCACCAAGAUGCUGUACUGCAUCAAUCUCAUCCACGGCGGAGUCCUCGAGGCUAUCUUUGCCUUUCUUAUCUGGAGCUUGCCUGGUUGCUUUGGUAUGUUUGGCCUCUCAAUUGGCGUCUCCAACAUCGGCGACACUCUCCCUCGCGCGGUGUACGCCCUUCUAUCGGGCUUGAACGCUGCAACCGUUGGGAUCAUCGCCUUAGCAGCGGUUGAACUCUCGGACAAGGCAAUCACGGAUCAGCCGACGAGACUUGUCCUGUCGAUCACUGCGGCUGCUGGAAUGUUGUAUAAUGCUCUUUGGUACUUCCCUGCACUCAUUGUUGUGGGUGGAUGUUGCAUCGUUAUUUACGACUACCGUUGGCUGCAUCGCCCGGUUCGAGCUGUGAGGAACGCUGUUCUUCGCGUGAGAAGAGGGAGACCCUCCGAAAAUGAGAACAUCCAAGGAGCUGAGACCGGAACGGACAACGCGAAUGGUUCAACUAUUGCUCUUCGCGAGGAGGUACCAACCGAGCAGAGAGAUGAGGAGCCAAGAGUCGUGCCCCAGGAAUAUCGCCUCAACUUCUCGUGGAAAUCCGGCAGCGCAAUCAUCGCAGUGUUCCUCGUCAGCUUCAUCAUCGUCAUCGCCCUACGAGCUACACUGACCGCCGCACCCCUCCUCUACAAGCUCUUUGCGAACUUGUAUCUCGCUGGUACCAUCAUCUUCGGAGGCGGCCCCGUGGUUAUCCCACUGCUUCGCGAGUACAUCGUCGCUGAGGGUUGGGUUACACCGCGAGACUUCCUCAUCGGUCUAGCUAUAGCCCAAGCUUUCCCAGGGCCAAACUUCAACUUCGCUGUGUUCCUCGGUGGUCUUACAGCUGCGAACAAUGGAUACCCUGCUAUCGCAGGAGCGCUGAUCGCCUACCUCGGUAUCUUUGUCCCAGGAAUGGUUCUCGUCCAUGGAACGAUGGGUGUAUGGGGAGUUCUGAGGAGUCGUCGCUGGGUCAAGUCGGCUGUGCGAGGGAUUAAUGCUGGCGCUGUUGGGUUGAUCUACACGGCUGUCUAUAGGAUUUGGCAGGUUGGAUAUAUAGACCAGGGCUUCCAGUCUGGAAAGAGUCUUGCUGAUGAUCCUUGGUGGGUUGUUGUCACUGCAACGGCUUUUGUUGGAGGACGGUAUUUUGGUGUCGCACCGCCAUUGGCGAUUUUGCUUGGUGCUUCGUUGGGGUUGCUGAGGUAUGGCAUUGUUACAGCAUGAGUUGGGCUCGCUGCCUGGGACCAAGCAGUUCCAUCGGCGAGGUCCGAGAUGAGGAUCUCGGUUUGUACAUUUAUCGAAAGAUUACACUUGAGGUUUCAAGUCAUCGUGUAGAUAAUUAGAACAAAGUUCGGACGCUGGCGAUUAGUAUGGUACGAUUGAGGUAUAAAGGCAUCAUGCUCCGGUGGGGCUGAGCGGCGACUGCUCGGGAUGGCUUCCGUGAUGCUGAGUACGGGUUCAAACAUUGGCUCCUGGCCGGCUCUCGGCAGCGAAACCGCAGAAGACGAACCGUAGGUUACAAGAAUUUCCGAGUGCGUAAGG